CCUUCCCACCAGACUCUUCAGCACCCCAAGCCCCAUCCCGCCAUCCGGUCGUAGACGACGCCUCCAGAGCAGGGUCUUCUACGCACCUCUAGCCCCCCCCCUGCCACAUCUCACGGUGAUGCGCUUCUGGGCCAAUUCAUACGAUCGAACAUACGCUGUAUGGAAUCUUCCCGGCGCAGUGAACGGCAUCUCCGAUUUGGAGAAAUAUGUCCGCUCAUUCGACUGGCCCCCAUCAGAAGAUGUUCAGAAAGAGUAUGAGGUCCCAGCCGGUGUCCGCAUGGGUCUUCUCUUCGACUAUCUGAGUUGUGACUUGAAUCUGUCCCGGUGGAUGUUGAUGUGGGGACCCAAAGCCCCAAUUUCGCUGGUGCAUGUGUGGGGAGAUGCGUUUGCCGAGGUCUAUGAACGCGCUGCUGCCGAAGGCGGUUUGGUGAUUAUGACGGAUGAGGUGAUUUGGUCGCGCAGUUAUAAAGAUCUCCCGUGGACGUCGAAUGUAACGAAUCCGAGGAAUAAUAUUGUGGCAGAAUAUCAGCAGCUUGGGCUGAUACGGCCUGGGGGCAAGGAUCCAUCCUACAUCAUGCGAGUGAAGCCAGUGGGAAGAGGUCAUUUUGGUUAUCCUCCUCCCCUGGAUUGGGUUGAGCCUGAGCAGGUUCCUGAACCUGUGGAGUUGCCUGCUUUGCAUACUUUGCAGUUGUCUCAUUCUAAUGAGGAUUUGUUGGUUACUGGGCAUUGAUAUGGCGGUCGCUUGAUGUACAGAGCUUUGUCGGAUAUCCAGGAUGUGAUUCGAAUGGAAGGUUGAGCCGGAGAUGCAUUAUUGCACGUGAAUAA